AAAAAAUCCAAGUCUCCAAUUUCACCUCCGAAAAAUCACAUCACCCGCAACCGAAACCGCAACCGCAACGCCAGCCGCAUCUUACUCGCCGCCGCUUCCUCUCACAAACCAAACUCACAACUCUCACACCGCAUUCUCACUCACUCACACACACACUCUCUCUUUCUCGCACGCACACACCUGCGCGAGACCUCACCCCCGUUUGCCGCUCGUCUCUCGCGCCCACUAAUCCCUCGGCAUCGCGGUGAUAUCACGGGCCUGUUUUGACGUCAACCAAGGAUUCAGGCCUCUGCCUCGACUAGGCCUUCACCUUCACCGUCCGUCACACAAAGACGCCAGCCAGCAACCAUGUCCGGCUCCGAGGGUGCACAUGCAAACACAAACACAGGCGGCUUCGACCUGUUGAAGCGCGCGACACAGGCCAUGAUGAUGUCAGGCUCGACUUCUAGGACUCCCGCGGCCGCACCUGACGAAGAUGGCGCGGAUCAGAUCGGCUUUGACACGCCCCGCUCCGGGGUGGCGACCCCUCAACCCGACCUCCAUGACAAACGCCUGCCGGGCAUUAUGAGCUACUUCGGCCAGGUUCGUACAGAUUCUUCUCACAAUUCUGUAUCUGCCCCUGUCGCGUCGGAUCGCAAUCGAGGACAAUCGCUUCCUGGUCCCUCAACGAAACAAGUCGAGACGGACGGGAAGGCUUCUCAGGUCAGCUCAGUGGAUGCUGUGCCCGGUGGCGAUCCUGAACCAACAUCCCCAUCACUCCCCCACCCCGAAGAGCGGCCAUCAUCACCACACACUUCAUCCAUGGCACUGGUUCAGACACAUCAGUACCCGACACCGCCGAUAUCCAGACGGUCGUCGGCGGGACUUUUGAAAAGAAGUCUGUCGUUGCGAUAUGGAGAAUCACGGUCCGCGGCAUCCUCAUCUGCGCGACCGAAGCUCCAAAGAGGCGUCACAGAUUACCCGCAAAAAUGCCACAGCCUCACCCUCAUGUCCCAACCUUCAAGCAUCGUCACAACUUCGGUUGUGCAUGCCUAUCACAUAUCAAACCCCAGUCUUCACAAGCCCAUCACACCAACAUCCCCCAUCACUUUCCACGUUGGUUCAGCGCAGAAAGCCGCUUCCCUUCACAGCUCUUCGUCAGUUGAUCAGCUCAAGAAGCUAACACAGUUUGCGGGAUUCAAGAGCGGUCCACCAACUCCUACAAGGGCGCUCUCAACGGCGCAGCCCUCUCAGGCUGAGGAGAGGUCGACCUCCAAGAGAAGCAGCAACGAGACGGUCCCUCCUAGCGGCGUUCAGACACCGGUCCGGCGCGGCACCACCGGCGCUCAGGUUCCCGCUGCUCGCGGUAAACUCACGAUCAAGAUCGUUGAGGCCAAGGGCUUGCGACGUGCCAAGGACCCGUACGUCGUAGCCGUUUUCCAGAGAAGCGAGCUCAUCUCAGGAGGCCCGCGCUCCGUUGAAGAGGAGGAUGACGUGAACCUCCCGGCCCCCUCCUUUGGAGGCAUCCCGAUUCAAAGACAAGGCAGCGACUCAGGCCGCCCGGUCAUGUCUAUUCCUAUGCGCAGCCGCCAGAGCAGCAACACCAGCAUUUCCGAUUAUAACACAUUCCGCAACCGUUCCCGCCGAUCCUUCACCAGUCCAAAGUGGGACGCCGAGGCAGAAUUUGAUGUCGUUGAUUCGAACAUGCUGGUUGACAUUUCCGUUUAUGACCACACCGACAAGGGAGAGGAGUUUUUGGGCCAAGUCGAUUUCCAGGCCAACAGGGACUCCAGCAACCCAGUACGUGGCUGGUUCCAGCUCAAGGGACACGCCGACACGAUGGCGGAGAAUGCGCCUACGGGAGAAAUUUACGUGGAAGCCGUCUACCAGCGAACGGAGAGAAAGCACUUUGGACCGGAAGACUUCCAGAUUCUUAAGUUGAUCGGCAAGGGUACCUUUGGACAAGUUUACCAGGUCCGGAAGAAGGAUACCGAACGCAUUUACGCCAUGAAGGUCCUGUCCAAGAAGGUCAUUGUCCAGAAGAAGGAAGUCGCCCAUACCGUUGGUGAGCGCAACAUCCUGGUUCGGACAGCCAUGUCCGACUCGCCCUUCAUCGUGGGCCUCAAGUUCUCCUUCCAGACGCCAUCAGACCUCUACCUGGUUACCGAUUACAUGUCUGGCGGUGAGCUGUUCUGGCAUCUCCAGAAAGAAGGACGUUUCGAUGAGCGCAGAGCCAAGUUCUAUAUCGCAGAACUUAUCUUGGCCAUCCAGCACCUCCAUAACAACGAUAUCGUUUAUCGUGACCUGAAGCCAGAGAACAUUCUGCUCGAUGCAAAUGGUCAUAUUGCCCUCUGUGAUUUUGGCCUGUCAAAGGCCAAUUUGACAAAGAACGAUACCACAAAUACAUUCUGUGGCACAACCGAGUACCUCGCUCCCGAAGUUCUCCUUGACGAGUCGGGAUACACCAAGAUGGUGGAUUUCUGGUCGCUGGGAGUUCUAGUCUUCGAGAUGUGCUGCGGUUGGAGCCCCUUCUAUGCGGAGGACACCCAACAGAUAUACAAGAACAUCGCCUUUGGCAAGGUCAGAUUUCCUCGGGACACCUUGUCACAGGAGGGUCGCAACUUCGUGAAGGGCCUGCUCAACAGGAACCCCAAGCACAGACUUGGUGCGACGGACGAUGCGGAGGAGUUGAAGCGCCACCCAUUCUUUGCCGACAUUGACUGGGACAUUCUGGCAAAGAAGCUCAUCACACCUCCCUUCAAGCCCAAGUUGACCUCUGCCACAGAUGUGUCGUACUUUGACCCCGAGUUUACCAACGCGCUUGAUAACAACGGCUCACUUAAUGAACGGGCGGCUGCUUUGUCCAAGGGAUUCGCUACAUCGACACCCCUUUCACCCUCUGUGCAGGCCAACUUCCAGGGCUUCACGUUUGUGGACGAGAGCGCUCUCGACGAUCACAUGAGAGAUAAGGGCCGCUACGAUGACGAAGAGAUGCGUGAUUCUCACCACCAGGACGAUGACUGGGAUGACCUGGAGGAUAUGAACCAGAGAGGCAAUCGCAUGAGCGGCAUUGUGCGCACAACCACCAACGAAGAGCAGAUGAUUGGUGGCGGUCACUUUGACGUUUAAUGACUUUGUGCAUUCUGGUUUUUUUUUCCAAAGGUACUUCUGGGUCAUUUGUUUUUGGGUUCUAUUUUGAGGACAAAGAAAAGUUCCAUCACACACAGCCUUUUCUCUCUUGCAGAAGCAAAACACGGUCAUCAUCAUUACGAAGUCAAAAAAAACGAACAUUCAUGGAUUUCAGUGCAUAAGGGCGGUCAAACCUUGCAUGUGAUCAUUGGGCCUGGGGGGGUGUAAUCGGUACAUGGCGUUUUGGGCUGAAGCGAUGAACAUUCGGAUUCCUGAUCGGCCCCUCAGAAUGCUGCUUUUCAUGCUAAUCGAAGAGCUUUACUUACACGACACGAACAAUAACUACAACGACGAUAGGCCUCAUGAAUAGGCUCUGCAUACCGCUCGCUGAUGCUGAUGCUGGUGACUCUGAUGCCUUUAUCGGAUGAUGUGGUUGUUCUAUAUUCCCACGAGUCGUUGCCACAGGAAUCAUCCGCAUAUAAUACAUGAGGCUGAUACACAGGCAUCGCUGCAUUUUGUGAGGAUGUGUUUUUCACGAAUGGAGUGGUACCAAAGGGGAGGAGGGGAAAUUGGUCUUCCCUAUAGGAUAUACUGCGAUUUUGCGACAGACGUUUAGCGUUUGGGGCAAUCUUAUGGUUCAUGGGUCUUGGAGACUGAAUCAGGGGGGUUUUGAUGGAUGCCUAGAUAUCCAACAGACAAACCCUUGUAUCGAUCGUCAACAACCAUGCAGUAUAUCGGGUGGUGGACGGUACCGAUGAGGAAAGGAGGGGCCGCCAACGGAAAGAAAGUGAGAGAGGAAAGCGAUCAGCUCUACACAAAGCCGUCUGUAAUACUGCUUAAUUAGCUUUAGCUAUAUUUGAAAACAAAAAUAAGACAAAAAGGAC